UAAUAUGCCAACCUGGCCGCGGCCACCACGCGGCACGUCUUGACACGCGCCUCCUCCUCGCCUCGCCUCGCCGCCGGUGGCCGCCACCGCCGCCGCCGACGCAGCCGUCGCCAUCGCCGCGCCCACCCUGGCUUGGCGGCGAGCCGAGCAACAGGAAGGCGAUAAGCACGCGAGGAGGAGCCCAUAGCAAAGAGAGGGAGAGAGAGAGAGAGAGAGAGAGAGAGAGAGAGAGAGAGAGCUUUGAUCACGCAAGACCGCGGCGUGCGAGGACCUUCCGGGUGCUGUGCUGUGCUGCGCGUGCGGCUGUUUGGGCGGCGGCGCGCGCCUUCGGAUGAGAUGCGCAGGGGCGGGGUGAAGGCGGCGGCGGCGGCCGAGAAGGCGCGGGAGGCGGCGCGGGCGAAGGUGUGGGCGGCGCGGGCGAGCACCACCGUGGUGCUCUGGCUGUGCUGCGCGCUGCUGCUCGCGACGUCGCGGGAGCUCGGGAGGUGGUCGGGCUGCCUCACCCAGCCGCUGAUCGUCGUAGAGCGCCGGUUCGAGGCGGUUGCCGCCGCGGGCAGCGAGAGGGCGGCUGCAUCAGCAUCGGCAGCGGCAGCGGCGCGCGGCGAGAGGGCAGAAUCAUCAGCAUCGGAAGCGGCGGUGGCGGCGCUCCCGCCGAAGAGAAUCUACAAGAACAAUGGCUAUCUGAUGGUCUCCUGCAACGGUGGGCUUAACCAGAUGCGAGCAGCUAUAUGUGAUAUGGUGACGAUUGCAAGAUACCUGAACGUCACCCUUAUCGUCCCAGAACUGGACAAAACUUCAUUUUGGGCUGAUCCUAGUGAGUUCAAGGAUAUAUUUGAUGUGGAUUACUUCAUAUCAUCAUUGAGAGACGAGGUUCGGAUACUGAAAGAGCUGCCUCCAAGGCUGAAAAGAAGAGUUGAACUGGGAUAUGUUCGCUCGAUGCCACCUGUCAGUUGGUCUGAUAUAUCUUAUUACCAAAAUCAGAUUCUACCACUGAUUAGGAAGUACAAGAUCGUUCAUCUGAACAAAACUGAUGCUCGCCUUGCAAAUAAUGGCCUACCUAUGGAGAUUCAGAAAUUGAGGUGCCGUGUCAAUUUUGCUGCAUUGAGAUUUACCCCUGAGAUAGAAGAGCUGGGUAGGCGUGUGGUUCGAAUUCUUCGUCGUAAUGGCCCUUUUCUGGUUCUUCACUUGCGAUAUGAAAUGGACAUGCUCGCGUUCUCUGGUUGCACACAUGGUUGCAGCAACGAGGAGGCUGAGGAGCUCACAAGAAUGAGAUAUGCUUACCCAUGGUGGAAAGAGAAGGUGAUUGACUCAAAUGCAAAGAGGAACGACGGGCUCUGUCCAUUAACACCGGAGGAGACUGCAAUGGUAUUAAAGGCACUAGACAUUGAUAGCAGUUAUCAAAUAUACAUUGCCGCUGGUGAAAUAUACGGUGGGCAAAGAAGAAUGUCUGCCCUUACCUCAGCUUAUCCCAAUGUGGUGAGAAAAGAGACAUUAUUGCCUUCAGAUCUCAGGUUUUUCCAGAACCAUUCCUCCCAGAUGGCAGCAUUAGAUUACAUUGUAUCCUUGGAGAGUGAUAUUUUUAUCCCCACUUAUGAUGGUAAUAUGGCAAAAGUUGUUGAAGGUCAUCGCAGAUACUUGGGCUUCAAGAAGACUGUACUGCUAGAUAGGAAGCUUAUAGUUGAGCUCGUUGAUCAGUACAAAAACGGCACAAUGAGAUGGAACCAUUUCUCCUCCGCUGUGAAGGCGUCGCAUAGCAGCCGCAUGGGCGCGCCAUCAAGGAGGCAGAUGAUUCCUGACAAACCUAAGGAAGAAGACUACUUCUAUGCAAAUCCUCAUGAGUGUUUGCACCAACCAGAAGAGCUAUCAGUUUUGUGACACCCCUCCCACUAUACAGAAUUACACAUUCUUUCAGGAUUAUAUUACAGAUUGAAUUGGCAAUAAAUGGAGGCCCAGUUGUAUUGAUGAAUAAAAGCACACGAGAUGAGAGAAUUUGGCCUCCUUUUGCUAGGUGACUGUUACAUAACAUACACGUUGGCAUAAUUUUUUGCCGUUUUCUCCCAAAAAUAAGCAUGUAAUUUUGUUUUGUAAAUAUAAGCAUACAUGCUCACAGGUGUUGAGUUGUUCGUACAUAUACAUACGGAUCAAGACUUGUCAAAAAUUCUUCCACUGUACUUCUCUGUACUACAUUUGGGCAGUUGGUGGUUCAUGCAUGUACUUUCCUGAUUGUUUCUGAAUUCUGAAUUAUCAUUUUCGCCGGGCUGAA